GUUCUGUCUCUAUAGAAAUCCCCACAGGACUAAUUUACAUGUUGCAGCCCAUGAGAAAAAGGGAGAAAGGAGAGUUUGCAUAAGAGACCUAAUCAGAGGCAGGGUAUUAAAAAGACAGAGUAGGAAGGCACUCAGUAAACAUACAGACUUGUGUUAUAUUGAGCCUGUGCUGUCAUGUGGAUACUGUCAGUGAAGAUGUGGAGCUGACAGACGCAAGAUCUCAGCAGGUCACCGAACAGGGGACAAAAAACGAGUCUGAAUUUCCAUCGUAACGCAACGGCAAUCUAAAUAAUGGGUCUCCUGGUGCAGCUCAAGCUUCUGCUCUGGAAGAACUUCACUUUGCGCAAGAGGCAGAAGUUGCGGUUGGUAAUUGAGCUAAUAUGGCCUCUGUUCCUGUUUUUCAUUCUGGUGUGGGUGAGAUCUACCAAUCAUCCUGUCUACAAAGGCCAGUGCCAUUAUCUUAACAAGCCGAUGCCAUCAGCUGGGGUGUUGCCAUGGUUACAAGGCAUGGUCUGCAACAUCCAGAAUCCAUGUGUCAAUGAGCCGACGCCUGGAGAAACCCCUGGACAGGUCAACAACUUCAACGACUCCAUCAUUGCAAAGGCUUUGAUCGAGGUUCAGUCUCUCUUAGCCGACUCCUCGCUGCUGUCUAACAUCAAGCUUCUUUCUGAUGAUAUCAACAAAUGGACUCAUAUCCUUGAGAAUUUCAACACAACCAAAGGUCGCUCAAUUCCUUUGCGCAGUGUGUUAAGAGAUAAUGAGACACUCUCUAUGUACCUGAAGAACAACCUGUCAGUAUCAAGUACAACUGCCCAGAGGAUGAUGAGCGUGGGACUCCGACUCAAUCAGUUACCUGGUCUUUUACUGGAGAUGGACUUGCACUCCACCCUCUGUAACUCCUCUGUUGACCGCUUUUUGGAGUUUUACUCAACAAUUCAAAGACAGGAGUUCCAGAACAUCACAUGCUCCCUGACACCCACUCAGCUUCGCUGGACGAGAGCAGCUGUUGUGCAAAAUCUGGACAACAGAAAGCUCAUGGCAGCUAUUCCGUCAGCACUCAAUAUGAACUCUGUAGAUUUCGUCGCUCUGCUCACCAGCACCACCUUCCAUGCGGCCCCUUUGUCAAAUCAGGUGUCCAAACUGCAGACCACAGCAAUCCUGAAUGGCAUGAACUCUCUAGACUUCCGCUCUAACCCCUUCGGCAGCUUGAAUCUGUUCAUGUGUGGUGGGAGUCCAAGCUCCAAUAGCAGCAGUGCAAAACCAGUCUUUCGAUUGCCAACACAAGCCACACUUUCACUAAGCUCAAACACAUCCCAAGGCAACUCAAGUGAAUUCUGUCAGAAUUUGAUUGACAUGCUGACAGGAACUCCCUCCUUGCGUCUUUUCUGGACUAGUCUCCGCCCACUCCUUCAGGGACGCAUCCUCUACACUCCGGACACGCCCUUUACGCGGAGGGUUAUGGCAAAGGCCAAUAGCACCUUCAAUGCUCUGGCUAAAGUCGGCGAACUGGCAGACACUUGGCUGGAAAAUGAGGAUAAGAUCUGGAACUUUUUCCAGAACAGCAAGCAGAUCAACACGCUCCGGGCCAUGCUGCAGAACCCACUUGUUUCGGCAGUUCUGGAUCAGCAGCUGAACGGGAGCAGAUUGUCUUCAGCGCUUAUCGCGAAUUUUCUGUUCAACGGUAAUGAAAAAGACCGGCCUGCAGGGAUGCCGGCAUUUGACUGGAGAAACGUCUUCAACACCACCAGUCAGGUUGCAAAACUCAUCAAGCAGGUCAUGGCGUGCUUCAAUCUGGACAAGUUUGAGGCUAUGGCUAGUGAAACAGUGUUGGUGGAACAUGCCCUCAAGCUGAUGGAGCAGGAGAACUUUUGGGCUGGAGUAGUUUUUACAGACCUGGAUGCAGGCAGCCCAUCACUCAUCAGAUAUAAGAUCCGCAUGGACAUAGAGGAAACUGAGAGGACGGACAAGAUUAAAGACAGGUCCUGGUUUCCAUCAGCUCGUGAUAACCCCUUUAACGAUCUGCGCUAUGUGAGAGGAGGCUUUGUGUAUCUGCAAGACAUUCUGGACCAUGCUAUCAUCCAGACAUUCACAGGUGUUGGGAAAAAACUGGGGGUCUAUAUGCAGCAAAUACCCUAUCCAUGCUAUGUAGAUGACGCCUUUGUGAUGUCCAUCGCCACUAUCAUGCCUAUGUUCCUGGUGCUGGCCUUCAAUUACUCGGUGUGCCAGAUCAUCAAAGGUCUGGUUCUAGAGAAGGAGAUGCGGCUCAAGGAGGUACUCCGAGUGGUGGGCGUGAGAAAUGGAGCACUCUGGCUCUCCUGGUUUACGGAGAACAUUGUCCUGCUAACGGUGCCUUGCGCAUUGAUUAGCAUAUUACUGAAGUACGGCAAGAUCCUCAGUUAUAGUGACCCAUCUGUGAUCUUCGUCUUCCUGCUGGUGUUCUGCAUAGCCACAGUCAUGCAGUGCUUCUUCAUCAGCGUCUUUUUCUCAAGAGCAAAUCUGGCGGCCGCCUGUGGUGGACUUAUCUACUUCCUCCUCUACCUGCCCCAUGUGCUCUGUUACGCCUGGAGAGACACCAUGACCUUCCGAACCAAGCUCGCCACGAGCCUCCUAUCAUGUGUGGCAUUUGGUUAUGGCUGUGAGAAUUUUGCCCGAUAUGAGGAGCAAGGUAUUGGCAUUCAGUGGAAAAACAUCAUGGUCAGCUCUCAGGAUGAUGACCCCUACAGCUUCAUUGUCUCUAUCAUCAUGAUGCUGAUUGACGCUCUGUUCUAUUGGAUACUCACCUGGUACAUCGAGAACGUCUUCCCAGGGCAGUAUGGAAUUCCUAGACCAUGGUAUUUCCCAUUAACCUCUUCAUACUGGUGUGGGACACCAGCUGGUGACACAGACUUGGAUCCUCUUGAUGCACUAGAGCAGCAGAAUGGGUACCUGGAAAAUCCUCCCACUAACCUAAAGCCGGGAGUGUCUAUAAGAAACCUUGUGAAGGUGUAUUCGACUGGAAAGAAACUUGCUGUAGACAAACUCAGUCUGGACUUCUACCAGGACCAGAUCACAUCAUUCUUAGGACACAAUGGUGCAGGAAAAACCACCACUAUGUCCAUUUUGACCGGCUUGUUCGCCCCGACCUCUGGCACGGCUUACAUUAACGGCUUUGACAUUCGCAAGGACAUGGACCGCAUUCGCAAGACUCUGGGCAUGUGCCCACAACACAACGUCUUAUUUAAUGAACUUACUGUGGAGGAGCACAUUUAUUUCUAUGCCCGUCUCAAGGGGAGGAGCUCCAAGGAUGUCAAACAGGAAAUAGAUCAAAUGAUCAAAGACGUCGGGCUGCCGCAUAAGCGCAAAGAUCUCGCUAAGAACCUUUCAGGUGGGAUGCAGAGGAAGUUGUCAGUUGCUAUAGCGUUUGUGGGCGGGUCCGACGUGGUGAUUCUGGAUGAGCCGACAGCGGGAGUGGAUCCGUAUGCCAGGAGGGGAAUCUGGGAACUGCUGCUAAAAUAUAAAAUGGGUCGCACCAUCAUUCUGUCCACGCACCACAUGGACGAGGCGGACAUUUUAGGCGAUCGCAUCGCCAUCAUCUCCCAUGGCAAGGUCUGUUGCUGCGGUUCCUCCCUCUUCCUGAAGAAGACCUAUGGCAGCGGGUAUUACCUCACUCUCGCAUUGGCCAAUCAGGAGAUAAUGACAUCACAAUGCCACACAGGUGGCAAACAGCUCAGUGAUGCUUCCAGUUUAGAUGAAGGGAUCAGUUCGAGAAGCAUCAGCACCAUGGAGCUGGCAGAUGUAGCAGAUGUCACUUCUGUCAUACGCUUUCACGUCCCGGAGGCGGAGUUCCUAGAGGUGAUCGGUCAGGAGCUGGUGUAUGUGCUGCCAUAUGCCGGCUCAAAAGAUGGCAGCUUUGCCUCACUUUUCAAAGAGCUUGAUUUGGAAAAAGAGCGGCUGGGCAUCAGUAGCUACGGAAUCUCCGACACUAGCUUAGAGGAGAUAUUUCUGAAAGUGGCGGAAGAGACGGGCGUGGACAUGGAGACCAAUGAAAAGGCAGAGAAGCUUCAGAGAGACUGGAAGAGAAGCUCUAAACGUAGCACCUUAAGUUCAGCCCUGGAGCACAGAGACGGUGCAGCUUCUAAACAAGUAAAAAAGAAAGCCAGGUUCUUAAAUCGGAUUGAAGAUGGUCAGCGGCCUACAUGCGUGAAUGGCAAGGGUUCAUGUGUUAUCACCGGUUGGCCUCUGCUCAGACAUCAGUUCCUGGCAUUGUUUAUAAAGCGAUUUCACCAUGCAAGGAGAAGCAGAAAAGGAAUCAUUGCUCAGGUGGUCCUCCCAGCGCUGUUUGUGUGUCUGUCUCUGAUUUUCUCUUUGAUUGUCCCACCCUUUGUUGAGUACCCCAGUCUGGAACUGCAACCCUGGAUGUAUGGAAAACCACAGAACACUUUCUACAGUGCUGACAGGAUGGAUGUGGACGAGGCAAUGAGGGUAAAACGUGCUCUCCUUUCUGAACCAGGCUUUGGCACCCGCUGUAUGGAUGGCAACCCAAUACCUAAAUAUCCAUGCACCCCUUCUGGAGCGACAGACUGGUUUACUCCUUCGGUAGACCCGUAUAUCCUGGAGAUCUUAAAUAACGGAAAUUGGAGUAUGCGGAAUCCAUCUCCGGAUUGCCAGUGCAGCACUCCCCAGCGCAACAUCAUGCUGCCAGACUGCCCUCCUGGUGCGGGAGGUUUACCACCACCUCAGAAAACACAGAAUACUACAGACACCCUGCAGGACCUCACAGGUCGAAAUAUGACUGAUUUCUUGCUCAAGACCUAUGCGAAGUCUGGAAAAAUACGGUAUGGAGGUCUCUCAAUCGGCGCAAUCAACUCUCAGGUCAGACUCAAUGAAUCCGAGAUCUCUGCACUUAUUUCAGACCUCAAGACUCUCUUCAACUCAUCCCAGAACAACAUAACGGAAAAGUUCUUCCACGACUUAGAGAUGUUACUGAUAGAGUUGGGAACGAAGGACAAUGUAAAAGUGUGGUUCUAUAACCAGGGAUGGCAUGCUAUAGUUUCGUUCCUGAAUGUGGCCACUAAUGCCAUCCUCAGAGGAAACCUUCCAGCCGGAUUGCAGCCCAAACUGCAUGGCAUCUCAGCGUUCAAUCAUCCACUCAACCUCACCAAACAGCAACUGAGCACCUCGGUGAUGUCGAGCUCCACAGAUGUGGUGGUGGCGAUCUGCGUGAUCUUUGCCAUGUCCUUUAUCCCAGCCAGCUUUGUCCUCUUUCUCAUUCAAGAGCGUGUCAGCAAAGCUAAACACCUGCAGUUUGUCAGUGGAGUCAAUCCUACUGCUUACUGGGUGGCCAACUUUACCUGGGACAUGUGUAAUUAUGUCAUCCCAUGUCUUAUCGUCAUCGUCAUCUUUCUCUGCUUCCAACAAAAAGCCUAUGUUUCACCUCAGAACCUGCCCGCACUUGUUCUGCUGUUGAUGCUGUACGGGUGGGCGAUCACACCGAUGAUGUACCCAGCCUCGUUUAUAUUCAACGUUCCGAGCACAGCGUAUGUGGUUCUCACCUGCAUUAAUCUCUUCAUUGGCAUCAAUGGCAGCAUUGCCACCUUCGUCAUGGAGAUGUUCAAUGAUCAGAACAUUACUGAUAUCAAUAACAUAGUCAAGCAAGUGCUGUUGAUCUUCCCUCACUUCUGUCUGGGUCGGGGCCUCAUUGACAUGGCCAGAAACCAGGCCAUGGCAACAAUCUUCAUCAGUCUGGGAGAGGAUAGGUUUGAAGAUCCUCUGAGCUGGAAAAUGGUGGGAAAGAAUUUAUUUGCAAUGGCAAUACAAGGUGUAGUCAUGUUUAGCUUCACACUCCUCAUCCAAUACAAGUUUUUCUGUAAACCCAGGCUUGUCACUGAGUUGCCAAGAUCUUCAGAAGAAGAGGAUGAAGACGUGGCUCGAGAGCAUGAGCGAGUGCAGAGAGGCAAAGCAGAGAGUGAUCUACUCAGGAUUUGUGACCUCACCAAGGUGUACUCGGGUAAGAAGAUUCCAGCAGUGGACAGGAUAUCUGUGGGUGUUCCAGCUGCUGAGUGCUUCGGCCUCCUGGGGAUAAACGGGGCAGGAAAAACCACAACUUUUAAAAUGCUGACUGGAGACAUUCGGCCCUCGGGUGGAGAAGCCUUCAUCAGUGGAUACAGCAUUCGUACUGAGAUGAGCCAGGUUCAUCAGAACAUGGGUUAUUGUCCUCAGUUUGAUGGCAUUGAUGACCUCCUAACUGGACGAGAGCAUCUGGAGUUCUACGCACGCCUUAGGGGGGUGCCAGAGCGGGAGGUCACCAUGGUAGCAGAAUGGGGGAUACAGAAACUGGGUCUGGUGAAAUACUCCAACAAAUCUGCAGGUACCUACAGCGGAGGGAACAAACGCAAGCUGUCUACAGCCAUGGCACUGAUUGGCUGCCCUCCUGUUGUCUUUCUGGAUGAGCCGACCACAGGGAUGGAUCCUAAAGCUCGCCGUUUCCUGUGGGACUGCAUCCUCAGUGUGAUCAAAGAGGGUCGUUCAGUAAUACUCACCUCACACAGUAUGGAGGAGUGUGAGGCUCUAUGCACUCGGAUGGCCAUCAUGGUCAAUGGCCAGUUUAAGUGCCUAGGAAGCAUCCAGCAUCUAAAGAGCAGGUUUGGAGAUGGUUACACAGUAAUUGUACGUGUCAGGGGCGGUCUGGCUGACCUGAGCGCCGUCGAGCAGUUUGUAACUCUGACCUUCCCUGGUAGCGUGCUGAAAGAGAAACACCACAACACACUCCAGUACCAGAUGCCCCACAACGAUGGUGCUCUGUCACAUAUCUUUAGCAUGUUUAGCAGAAACCAGGAUACACUGGGAGUAGAGGACUACUCAGUCUCACAAACCACUCUGGAUCAGGUGUUUGUGAAUUUUGCAAGACAGCAGCACGAUGCUGAAGAAGGUGUGUACGAGAAUCCUGUAGAUCUGAGUGAUGAAAUACCAAUGCAUAAACACACACACUGAUACACACACGAUGAAUAGCAACUGAGUACUGAAUAGUGUCUCAGACGCAGGUUAAGAGGCAUAGAGAAUAAGCCUACUUUUCUACUGUAAGAUUAAAUACAAAUAUUUUUAAUAGAAGCUCUCAGGAAUUUUGAUAAGAAUAUAUCUAUAUAACGUAUAUUUUUUAUCACUUUUAAUCUUUUUAUUUUUACAUUGCAUUUGUUUUAUUUUUAAACUGCACAAAUAAAUGAAAAGAAAUGGUUCUGAGGAUGCAGCCAACUUUAAGUUUUAGACUAUGACUAGAAAUAUGUAUUAACAGAAACAGACCUGAAUAGGAAUAUUUGAUUAUGGUUUUUAACUUUCCUGUAUGUUUAAUUCCUGCUAAUUAAGGCUUAGCCAAUACGUAAGUUGCUUUUGCUAUCAGAAUGAAAAAUAUUGCCAAAAAUGUAUCAUCAACUGUCUUCAUAUUCUGUCAACAUUCUCAUUUUUUGCAAUUUGACAUUCUACAUGCAUUUGACAAUGAACCAUAGUGCAAUAUCUUUUUUUUUUUUUUAUUUUAGAGUUAAUCCAUAGUUCCCCUUCUGGAGCUCGAGCUGCGUCGUAACGCUUUGGGAAUGCCCAUGCGUUACCAAGCAGCUUGAGUUCCCUCAGGGAACUAGGGUUACGUUCGUAACCCAGAGACGUUCCCCUUCAGGAACUCGAGCUGCGUCGUAAUGCAGGGGUGUUCCCAAAGCGUUACGACGCAGCUCGAGCUCCAGAAGGGAACUAGGGUUACAUUCGUAACCUAGAGACAUUUUCUUAUUUAAGUUUCUUUGGUUUUUUUAAACACUCCUUUCUACUGACACUCCUUUUAGCAGCACUUUGUAAAAUGUCUGAUCACAAAUCUUAAUCAAACCAUUCAAUGUGAAUAGUGUGCACAUUAAUAAUAUUCUUUGUUCAAAAAAAAAAAAAAGAAUUGUUAAUUUAGUAAACAAAAAAAUUUACAAACUUUAUUUACCAAAUAAAAUAUUGUUUUUCAUGAGCAUUAAACAUGCAAAAUUAGAAUUCACAGAUGAACCAUAGAAACUCUUUCAAAUUAAAAUAAUGUAACACAGAAUACAUGUAGAUGACCUAAGAAAAAAUGUGUGUAAUUUGUGUGUAUGGUGAGUGUAAAAUUGCCCUCUUAUUAAACCACUGCUGAGGUUUUUAAUGUAAUUGGUUGGAAAGUGUUGGUUUGUUGUGUUGUAUAACAGCAGCUCUGACAGUAGCUCUGGUUGCUCUAAUAUAGUCUAAUAAUAAUGGAGUCUAAUAAUAAACAAUAAAAAAGUGUGUUGU